AUGGGAGCUAAGAUUGUGAAGGCUCUCUCUCCGGAUCACGUGUACAAGGGCACAUACACCUUUCGGUUCAAGCGGCGCAAGACACUAUCGUCCCUCGUCAAGCCCGAGCCGCCGUACGAGACCCUCGUGGAUGCCCUAACUGAACUCGGCCGCACGUCCAAGCUGCUCAAAGUCAAACACAAGGGCGAUACCCUCGAAGCCACGCUCAAAGUUGUCGCAGCCUGGUAUCAGGAUGACUACAGGGCAGCGCUGCUCCGCCGCUCUGCCAGCGGCAGAGGACCAACCACGCUACCUGUCGAGAUUGUGAACCUGAUCAUGGACUUCAUCGGCGCCGCCCUGAGCCGUGAGGCUGUGGCCCGCGCCAAGAAGCUCGCCUUCGACGACGCACACCUGAGCACCCGAGCUCGGGCGCUCCAGGGGAUGGAGGAGGAGGAGUUCGCGGUAGCGCUCGAAGAGUGGCUCGUUGACGAGGGGUUCGUGUACACCCCUCCGCCACCGCUGCGUUCUGUAGAACCCGAAGACGGGGGUGAAGGGGUCGAUGGGUAA